AGAUCUGUUGUGUCGCCAAUCAACUGAAAAACAAAUUUCAAGCACCUGUUGGACACAGACGAAAUAUGUCGUCUGCAAAUGUCAAAUAAGUUUAAAUGUCUUUUUCCCUGUUCUUUGUCAAAUGCUGUAAAACAAAUGCCUGACAGACAAAUGGAACAGUUGAUAUCAGUUGGUCAGAUGGACUCUAGUGAUAGGCUUGGUACAACAUUGCAUCAUUCAGCUUUGGUUGGUAACAAGAAGACCUUGAAAAAGGUUCUUCAACAAGGUAUUCAUGUUGAUUAUCCCAAUGAUGAAGGUCAAACACCUUUAUUCUGUGCCUGUCUAGGUGGAAAUGAAUCUGUUGCCUCCUACCUCCUAUCAUCAGGAGCUAAUCCUAAUGAAAAGACAAAUCAAGGGCUUACUCCUCUCCAUGCUGCAUGCUACUUAGGAAGUGUGAAAAUUUUGCUUAAAUUGCUAAAAGAAGGUGGAGAUUUAAGAUUACAUGAUUAUCAUGGAAGAAGUGUGAAAGACUGGGCAAUACUUAAUCCUGCACCUAAGAAGAGGAUGAAGAUUUUAGAAUUCCUUGACAAGACAAGAAUGUUUGCCAUGUCUGGAUCUGGUCAAGAUUUACUGCUAAAGAAAGCAUCAUCGAAAACUUUGCAUAGAGCUUUCAACAGAAAGAAUUCUGUCACAAAGAUAAUAAGAGACAGAAUUGGUAGACCGUCAGUCCAUGCUGAUCUAGAAAGAAUGGCAACUAGUCGUCAUUCAGUAGGAUUUGGACAGGUUUAUUCAAAUGGUACAGACAAGACAGGAUUUAUAUCAGCAAUACCUCUUGUAACUGAAAACAACCUAAAACAUGAUCCUGAUGGAGAGACAUACAACAAUGGUGCAUUCUGUGUUAUGGAAAGUGCAUGGUGGGAUUACAGUCAAGUGACUGUAAAGAGGCUGCAUAGAGAAGUUGAUCCUUAUCAAGGAGGAGUUGUUGAUUUACUCAUAAAUGAAGUUGAAUAUAUUGGAAAGUUAAGACAUCCAAAUGUUUUGACAUUGAUGGGUGUAUGUCAAACUAGCAACUUAGAUGGAAUGAUCCUUGUUUAUGAAAGAAUUGCAGGUGGAUCUUUGUACAAUUAUCUUCAUCAAAAGAUGGAAAGAUUGCACACACAGAUGAUAGAUGAUAUAGCCCUACAGAUGUGCGAUGCUAUAAUAUUUAUACAUCUUCAAGGACUUGUUCAUUGUUCUAUUACAUCACAUGCUAUAAGUGUUAUAAGUACACACACUUUCAAACUUGGGAACUUUGAGUACAUGAUAGAGGCAUCAAAAUGUGAGUGGGGAAAGAAAAGUGCUGUGGCAUCCAAUACAGAAGAGAAUGCAGUCUAUAAUUGGAUGGCGCCAGAAGUCAUGUUCAACAUGCCACCUUCUUUUUACUGUGAUAUGUUUAGUUUCUGUGCUGUUCUUUGGGAAAUGUUUCAUGGGGAAGUACCAUGGGACAACCAGUGCUCAGAGAGUAUAAAAACUCGUUACAGUAAAGGUGAAGGUAUAAAAGUAGUCAAUGGAAAGGUACCAGAAUAUUACAGAAUCAUAUUAGAUUAUGGUUUACAACUGGAUCCAACAAAUAGACAACUUUCAUUUCUACAUGUAAGAGACUUGCUGAAAGCAGCUCCAAAGGAUACUAAAGAAUUUGUAAAAAUUCAUUUUCAACACUUGCAUCCACAUGAUGAUGAGGGAAGGGGUCAGUCUAGAUCAGGUUCAAGGCCAAACUCCUCUAAAAGACCACCACUCCAACCACAAUCUGAUAAUCAGCCUGGCACAAGCAGUUAUGUAGAUAGUAAUUUAGAAGGAAGACGAAGGAAAGAUAGGGACAGAGAACGUCCAACAAGGGAUGACAAUGAAUAUAAUACUGACAUAAUGAGAAAUAGUUGUAAAAUUGGUGCUUCACCUGUGAUGAAGAGGAAAAAUCGAACAGAGAGAGAAAAUGGCUGGAGAUUUAAUGAAAGAGCUGUAGAUGAUUACCCUCAAAAAACAAAAAUAGAAGAAAGGAUUACCAUUAAGAGUAAACCUACACCUACUAAAGGGCAGGACAAACAGCUUCAUUUUACAGCAGAUGGAAUAAGCUGGGAGAAUAUUUCAAGAGAUACAGAAAAUGAAUUUGCCUAUUUUGUUGGUUUAAGCAAUGAUCAUACACCAACAAAAAGAUCCACUCUUAGUGAUAAUAAAUAUGAAAGGAAACAGAAAGAAAGUCCAAACAGGCAUAUCAGCUACCCAAUGUAUGAUGACAGUACAGGCACAAAGGCUAGUGGAGAUGAUAUUUGUAAGAAGGUAGAAGCAGUACAAAUAAGUGAAUCUUCCUCCUCAGAUUAUGCCACUGGAAGACCACUGGAUAGAAAGACAUCAUCUAUGGGCCAUUUUAGUUUCCUUGCUUUGGAUACACACCAGAGAAGUAGGGUUGUUGGAGCUAAACCUGCCAGUCAUGGAACAUAUGAGGCAGUAUCUGAUGAAUACACAACUUUAGGGAGGCUUUCUACAGCAGGAAGUUUAUAUUCACUCUACAAUGAGCAUAGUCCAACUCAUCCAUUGGGUCAAUUAGAGAACAGAAGAGGCAAUGCAAAAUAUGUCACAUUACCUAGAAGGAAAGAACCAUCUGCUCCAGUAAUUGAACCAGAUCCUGCUUGGUUUGGUGGUAGAGGAAGUGUUCGAGAUCUUGCUAAAGAAUUUCAGGAACAGAUACAAAUGCAUAAUUAUUACCAGGCUGUUUUGGAUGGAACAGUCAACAAAGAACGUUCAUCUGAGAAAAUCUGUGGUGAAAGAGAUUAUGGUAAUCAUGCCAAUGUUUGUGUUGACUCCAUUAAAGCUCAAAGUUCAAACACUGACAAUGGAAGCAUGGAAACUGUAUCUGACAUUACUGCAAAUGAAAACGGGAAAAAAAACAUUCAUCAGAUAGCAUUUGAUGUUGAUGAUGACAACAGUAGUGUAAAGAGCUCUAACAGUAGCAGUACUUUUACAACUGGUGCAAGCACAGAUUCUCAAGCUGUUUCAAACUGGGUAGAUCAUGAACUGCGAAAAAUUAAACGGAAAAUAUCAAAAGAAAUUAUGUCACAACAUAGUUUAGCUAAAGUUCAAUCACCAGACCUGUUUGAAAAUUCAGAAAGUCCUAUGUACUCGCAGUCUAGAAAGGAUGCACAAAAGGAAUUUGGUGAUGGUUACAGAUACAAUAGCAGUAGUGAUUAUACAGAAGUAACUCCAAUUUCGUCGGUAACAAGUAUUUCAUUCACUGAUCAUGAAGCUGGUGACCAUGUAAGACUGUCACACAUUUUAUCCAUCCUUGUUAACAUAUUAAGUUGA